AUGAAAAUGCUCAACACACCUCUUCUAACUAACUAUAAGAAUUCUCUAGAACCCACACAAUUCUGUCUGGUUUGUGGAGAUGAGAAAGCUGGAAGACACUAUGGAACCGUGGCGUGCAAUGGAUGCAAAGGAUUUUUUAGACGAAGUGUCUGGGAUCAUCGAACCUAUUCAUGUACGAUGGGAAACAAUUGCGACGUCUCACAGGUCUACCGUAAUCGAUGCAGAGCGUGCCGACUUCAAAAGUGCUACAGUGUGGGAAUGGAUGAGAAAUCCGUCCAAUCCGAACGACAUCCGGCAAAAAUUGGCGAGAUCGAGCCGGCCAAAAUGCCCAAACACCCGAAAGCCGCCAAAAUGAAUUAUCGAACGAAACGAGCGAGCAUUCAAAAUACGUUACCAUCAACUCCAAGUCCAUCAUCGAGUCCCAGUACCACACCAGACAUGGAUAAUUCAUCCAAGACAGUCAUGGAGUUGAGGGAAAUUCAACGAAGAGUCGAGAACACAUGUAUUCCGGAAUACGAGGAUAUGGUUCAGUGUUUUGACAACUACUGUACUGUGGAUGUACCCCUCCGAACAGCAAUGGUUGAUCCGGGGAAGGUGGCGAAACGGAAUAAGCUCGAAUGGUCCAAAGCCCACCGAUUAGCGAACACACGAGACAUCACAGUGACCUGGUGCCGAACGUUUCUAUGGUUUCACGACUAUAUGAAUUCGUUUCCAGACCUUUGUAACCUCAACAUUGCCGACAGAACGACUCUUCUGAAACUCCGUUUCGCACCAGUUUCAUGGCUUCUUUACGCGUGGCAAUCGUAUCGAUUAGGAAUUGACGGUGUCACAUUUACCAAUGACGCAUGGUAUCCAAACGAUGCCGACUUGCAAGAAAAAGUUGAGAAGCCAGUCUCCGAUUACUACCAAAAGUGUACGUCGACAAUGAUGAAUGAGUUGGUGAACAAGAUGAAACUCAUUGAAAUGACCGAAGAAGAGUAUUCGAUGAUGUUGGCAAUCAUUUUGUUCAGGCGAGACUACCGCCUCACGCACGAAGCGAAUCAACUAAUUGAAAACUUUGGUAACAUGUAUCUCUCGGCUCUGAUAGAGUAUCUUUCCAACCAUAUGCCUUGUACAUUUGACGAGGCGAUUUUCACUGGAGGCUCAUUGAUCCCGGAGAGAUAUGAUUCACUGGAACGUCUCGCGACGUUCAUUGGAUUCAUAACGUCCUGUCAGACGACAACAUCACCUUCCUCGCAAUCUUCAAUAUGGCUGACGUCAUCGGACUACCCACUGAGAUCCAUACAGCACUUCAUCCACCAACCAGCAACGAGCAACAACCGACUUUUGUUCAUUGAACAAACUUCCAGAACCUUCCAGAAUCUUCUCAUUUAA